UGAUGUAAUAAAAGGAAUUUGAAGAGACCAUUGAAGAAGUAAAAACUAUAAAGGCUAUCACACCAAAGGUAGAGUGAAUGUGUUAAUUUUAUAAUAGGAAAUUAAAAAGAUUGUAAGACCUUAAUUUGAAGCUAAUCCAGAGUUGUUCUAUCCAACCAAGGUUUUUGAUAAAUUUGGGUUUAGUAGAUGCAAAUGUCCAAAAUGUGGUGCAUAUUUUUGGAGACAUACAGAUAAAAAGACUACAUGUGGAGAUUCAAAGUAAUAGAAGAAUUCAAUAAAUUUUUAGUUGUGAAGGAAAAUAUUCUUUUAUUGGUGUAGGUACUGGUAAAGGGGCAAAAGGAAAUAAAAUAACAUAUGCUGAUGCUUGGAAUGGAUUCAAGAAAUCUUUAACAAGUGCAAGAGUACCAUGCACAGCAAUUGAUAGAUAUCCAGUUGUGGCAAGAUGGAGAAAUGAUGUUGAUUAUGUAGCAGCAGGAAUCUAUUGUUUCUAACCAUUUUGUGUAACAGGUGAAAUGGAUCCACCAGCAAAUCCAUUGAUUUGUCCAUAAUUUUGUGUUAGAUUUAAUGAUCUAGACAAUAUUGGUUUAACAGGUAGACAUUAUUCAGGAUUUAUAAUGCUUGGUAUAUAGACAUUCAAUUAUCCUGAUAAAUAUGUAUUCUUUAAAGAAGAAUGCGUUGAAUUUAAUUAUAGAUGGUUGACUGAAGAAUUAGAAAUUAAUCCAGAUGAUAUUACAUUUAUUGAAGAUGUUUGGGCAGGUGGUGGAAAUCUAGGUCCAUCAGUAGAAUAUUUUGUAAAUGGAUUAGAAGUAGGAAAUAUGGUAUUUAUGUAAUAUAAAUAUUUCCAUGAUGGAUCAUAUGAAGAAUUACCUAUUAAAAUUAUAGAUACUGGAAUUGGAUUAGAACGUAUACCUUGGUUAGUAAAUGGUUCACCAACAAGUUAUUUUGAUGUAUUUGCUGGAGCAUUUGCAUUCUUGGCAUAAAAAUUAUAAGUUGAAUAUUCAAAUGAUGUUUGGAAAGCAUUUGGACCAUAUAGUUGUUUAUUGAAUGUUGAUGAGGUUGAAAAUGUUGAUAAGACAUGGGAAUUUAUAUCAUCAUAAAUUGGAUAUGAUGUUUAAACUAUAAAGAGGGAAAUUGAAUAAUUAAAAGAUAUGUAUAUCAUUUUAGAUCAUACACGUACUGUUAUGAUGGUAGUAACUGAUGGAUCAUUACCAUCUAAUGUUGGUGGUGGUUCUAAUAUUAGAAAUAUCAUUAGAAGAGUAUUUGCCGUUUUGAAGAAAAAUAAUUGGUGGGAUAAAUUAGGAAUGGAUGGAUUAUUAUAAUUAUUUUAAGAACAUAAAAAUGAUUUGGCUAAACUUUAUGGUCCAUUUGGUGAAUAUAAGAGUUUUGAUUAAAUUAUUAAAUAAGAAUAUGAAAGAUGGGCAAAAACAGAUGAUGAUAAGAAAGUUAAAUUAGAAAAAUUAUUAAAAUAAAAGAAUAAUUAAUUAAGUAUUGAUGAUUGGAUAUUUGCUAUGAGUACACAUGGAAUACCAGCUGAUACUAUUAGUCAAAUUAGUAAAUUACCAAUCCCUGGUAAUUUAUAUGCUGAAUUGGCAGAUAGAGCAGCUAGAAUUACUAAAGCACCUGAAGCUAUUCUUUAUAACACAGUACAUAUACCAGAAACUACUAAUUUAUAUUAUCAAACACCUAAAGAUGGUAAAUUCUAAGCUAAAAUUGUUACUAUAUUUAGUAAUGUUUAAUAAUAGAAUCUUCCUAAUAUAGUGAUUUUGAAUUAAUCUGCCUUUUAUCCAUUUGGUGGUGGAUAAGAAAAUGAUUAAGGUUGGUUAACUAUUUAAGGAGAAAGAUAUUUUGUUAAUAAUGUUUAGAAAGUAGGAAAGGCUGUGUUACAUAUUUUAGAAAAACCAUUACCAAAUUAAGUUGAUACUUAUGUUGGUUUAGAUGUUUAAGCUGAAAUAGAUUUAGAUAGAAGAUCUAUAUUGAGAAAUCAUCAUACAGCUACUCAUAUUGUAUUCGCAGCAUGUAGAAGAGUACUUGGACCUCAUGUUUGGUAGAAUGGUGCUCAUAAGAGUGUACAUAAUGCACAUCUUGAUAUUACUCAUUUUGCACCUUUAACAAAGGAGUAAGAAUAAGCAAUAGAGANUGAAUAAUUAAAAGAUAUGUAUAUCAUUUUAGAUCAUACACGUACUGUUAUGAUGGUAGUAACUGAUGGAUCAUUACCAUCUAAUGUUGGUGGUGGUUCUAAUAUUAGAAAUAUCAUUAGAAGAGUAUUUGCUGUUUUAAAGAAGAAUAAUUGGUGGGAUAAAUUAGGAAUGGAUGGAUUAUUAUAAUUAUUUUAAGAACAUAAAAAUGAUUUGGCUAAACUUUAUGGUCCAUUUGGUGAAUAUAAGAGUUUUGAUUAAAUUAUUAAAUAAGAAUAUGAAAGAUGGGCAAAAACAGAUGAUGAUAAGAAAGUUAAAUUAGAAAAAUUAUUAAAAUAAAAGAAUAAUUAAUUAAGUAUUGAUGAUUGGAUAUUUGCUAUGAGUACACAUGGAAUACCAGCUGAUACUAUUAGUCAAAUUAGUAAAUUACCAAUCCCUGGUAAUUUAUAUGCUGAAUUGGCAGAUAGAGCAGCUAGAAUUACUAAAGCACCUGAAGCUAUUCUUUAUAACACAGUUCAUAUACCAGAAACUACUAAUUUAUAUUAUCAAACACCUAAAGAUGGUAAAUUCUAAGCUAAAAUUGUUACUAUAUUUAGUAAUGUUUAAUAAUAGAAUCUUCCUAAUAUAGUGAUUUUGAAUUAAUCUGCCUUUUAUCCAUUUGGUGGUGGAUAAGAAAAUGAUUAAGGUUGGUUAACUAUUUAAGGAGAAAGAUAUUUUGUUAAUAAUGUUUAGAAAGUAGGAAAGGCUGUGUUACAUAUUUUAGAAAAACCAUUACCAAAUUAAGUUGAUACUUAUGUUGGUUUAGAUGUUUAAGCUGAAAUAGAUUUAGAUAGAAGAUCUAUAUUGAGAAAUCAUCAUACAGCUACUCAUAUUGUAUUCGCAGCAUGUAGAAGAGUACUUGGACCUCAUGUUUGGUAGAAUGGUGCUCAUAAGAGUGUACAUAAUGCACAUCUUGAUAUUACUCAUUUUGCACCUUUAACAAAGGAGUAAGAAUAAGCAAUAGAGAAUGAAGUCAAUAAAAUAAUAUUAUCUGCAAAGUAAAUCAAUAAAGGAUUUAUGAAUAAAGCAGAUGCAGAAAAAGAAUAUGGAUUUAGAUUAUAUUAAGGUGGUAUUGUACCAGGAAAUGAAUUAAGAGUUGUUAAUAUAGAUGGAAUAGAUGUUGAAGCUUGUUGUGGUACCCAUUGUGAUAGCACAUCAGAAGUAGGAUGGGUUAGAAUUCUUAAAACUUAAAAAUUAUAAGAUGGUGUUGUUAGACUUUAUUAUGUUGCUGGAGUUAAGACUAUUGAAGUUUUAAAUUCAGAGGGAGAGAUGAUUAAUUCAUUAGUUAAAUUAUGGUCAAUUUCUAAGAAUUAAUUGGUUGAAGAAGGUAGCAAGAUAUUCUAAGAAAAGAAACAUUAUGAAUCUGCUUAUAAUGUAUUAUAUCAUUAUUAUUAUUAUAUUAGUAACUUAAGGCUGAAUUGAUCAAAUCACAAAUGAAAUAUGUUAUUGAUGGUCCGAAUUAAAGAACACUUAUUCAAUCAAAUGAAUAAAAUCCAACUGCUUAUUUCAGUGAAAUUGGAAAGUAUAUCCAAUAACUCAAAGAUUCCAAGAAAGGUUUAUUGUUUGUUGCUGACACUUUCAUUUAUGGAGCCUUUGGUGAAAAUAAUUUCAAUGUAGAAGAGUUGAGUAAAUAAAUAGAGGAAGAAGGAUAAUAAUUGAAAAUGAAUAAGUAGAAUAAGAUUAGUGUUAAAGAUGGAAAGGUAUAAUAAUAAUAAUUAUAAAUUAAUAGAAAACUAUCUAAGUUAAUGAUGUGUUAACAUUCUCUAUCUUAGGUAAAUUCAAUAAGAAUAAAGCAACAAAGUAUCUUAAAGAGCAAGGUUUUGCUUAAUUUUGAG